GCGAGGGUAUUAAUAAAUCGGCACGCAUGUUCUAAUUUUAAGCUUAUAACGGCAAGCAGUUCGCACCCUUCCCUUUCUCGUCUUUAAAAAAUCUCCUCCCCGAUUGCAUUCUCGAUUCUAAAAAAAGAACAUGAAGGAGAAGAUGGAGGGAAAUUUUCAAAUUUCAGAGACGACUAAUUUGCUCCAAAAGAUCAAAGAGUUUACUCGAUCGAUCGUUGAAGAUCUAACCGACGGAAAAUCUCCAGAAAUUUUCAUCAAUCGAUUCAGAAACUAUUGCAAUGAUCCAGAAGCUGAUUGUUUGUGCAGCUCUGAUGAACCAAAAGGUCGUGAGAUUCUCACUCUUAAGAAGAGAUCGCAAACCUAUAGAAUCGGUGAGUCAAGUCACGUUCAGAGUCUAACCAGUAUCACUAUAUGUAAUUUCUUGAGAUGUUUUUUACCUUCAGAUAUGAUGUUAAGAGUAUUGUUGAUAGUUCAACAACUUCUUCAAGAAAAUAGACAUGGAUCCAAAAGAGAUAUCUACUACAUGCACCCAUCAGCAUUCAAAGCACAAUCAGUUGUAGAUCGUGCAAUUGCUGAUAUAUGCAUCCUUUUCCGGUGUAGUCGGUACAACUUGAAUGUGUGCAUGAGGCUUGUUUUAAGAUCCACCUUGUGUUGUAGGUUGGUGAUGGGAUGGCUAAAGUUUAGGGAAGCUGGAAGGAAGUUUGAUUGUUUAAGCAGUCUGAAUACGGCAUUUCCUGUUCCUGUUCUUGUAGAGGAAGUUGAAGAUGUUGUUAGUUUAGCAGAGUACAUACUGGUGGUGGAAAAAGAAACAGUAUUCCAGCGUUUAGCAAAUGACAUGUUUUGCAAGACAAACCGCUGCAUCGUUAUCACAGGAAGAGGCUAUCCUGAUGUCUCUACAAGAAGGUUCUUGCGACUCCUGAUGGAGAAGUUGCAACUACCUGUGCAUUGUCUAGUAGACUGUGAUCCAUAUGGCUUUGAGAUCCUAGCCACAUACCGUUUUGGCUCGAUGCAAAUGGCAUAUGAUAUAGAAUCAUUACGAGCACCCGAGAUGAAAUGGUUGGGAGCUUUCCCUUCAGACUCUGAGAUAUACGGUGUUCCCCAACAGUGUCUCUUGCCAUUAACAGAAGAAGAUAAGAAAAGAACUGAAGCAAUGUUGCUUAGAUGCUAUCUCAAGCGUGAAAUGCCACAAUGGAGGUUGGAACUUGAAACGAUGCUGAAAAGAGGAGUAAAGUUUGAGAUCGAAGCACUCUCAGUUCACUCACUGUCUUUUCUGUCAGAGGUUUACAUUCCUUCUAAGAUUCGCAGUGAUGUAAGCUCCCCUUGA